AUGCUAACCAGCACCCCGGUUCCAUACAUGCUCUGUGUUUGUGCCAUCUGCCGUAAGGUCGGUGGCGCAAGCGGGUCCAUCAACGUUGCUGCACACAAAAAUUCCCUGCAAGUUGAAGGAAAGGAAAACAUCAGCGUUUACCAGGCGAUCCUCUACCGUGGAGCGCCCGAAGAGUGUAUCGCUUCCUCAGAACGUAGCUUCUGCAAGAAAUGCUCGUCGAUGCUCUGGUUCUAUGCCGGACAGUACUCGCCAGAAACGAUCUAUCCCUUUGCAUCCGUGAUCGACUCUCCCGAGUUGCCAGCAGCGGAGACCAUGACUAUCUGCAUGGCUGGCGAGAAACCGGCUUUUGUCCGCCUACCGGAAGGCAAGAAGGAGAUUUACGAACAGUAUCCUCCCGAUAACUUGGAGGAAUGGCACAAGAAAAACAACCUCUACGUAGCCUGA